CCUCUAUAAAUUCGCCCGGCCGAGCUCCGAGCUCACAGAGCCGGACACCAGUCACUGGACAACAUAGCAGCUUGAACGCUCAAAGCAUCGGUCACAGUCGAUCAAAUAUUAAAGCUUAGCUUUUACUUGAAAGAUGAGCUCUGAGGAGGAAGAGAGACAGCUGUUCCCUUCGUUCCUCUUCCCGGAGAGUUUCCCGGCGGACGCGGCCACGCCAAACUCCGGUGGCGAGCAGAGGAAGGCCGGCCGGCAGCGGCGGAGGAGGAAGGCUCGUCAGGUGGCGGAGAGCGAUGGCGACGACGCUGCGGCGAAGAAGCGGCGUCUGACCGACGACCAGGCACAGUUCCUUGAGAUGAGCUUCCGGAAGGAGCGGAAGCUUGAGACCCCGCGCAAGGCUCAGCUCGCCGCCGAGCUUGGCCUCGACACCAAGCAGGUGGCAGUGUGGUUCCAGAACCGCCGCGCCCGCUACAAGAGCAAGCUCAUCGAGGAGGAGUUCUCCAAGCUGCGCGCGGCCCACGACGCCGUCGUCGUCCACAACUGUCACCUCGAGGUCGAGUUGCUGAGGCUCAAGGAAAAGCUGGCCGAGACAGAGGAGGAGAAGGGCAAGGUCAUGGCUGCGGCGGCGACUGCAGGCGUCGGGGCCAACAGCCCGAGCUCGUCGUCGUUCUCGACGGUGACGCACAACGCCGCGAUGGUUGACCAGUUCGAGAUGGAGGAUGCGGAGGCCGACCUCACCUAUCUGAGCGAGUACGACUACAACUAUGUGAUGGACUUGGCGGCCGGCGGCUACCUUGGAGGCGUCUAUGAUCAAUUCAGCUGAUUUGGAUCUAUGGAUAACACGACAGUUCUAGUUUAAUUACUACUCGUAGCAUGAUCGAAGUAAGUAUGCACGUAGCAGCAGUAGUAGCAAGUAAACUCAGUAGUAUUGGUGGUAGUGUCAUAGGUCGACCAGGACCCACUGAGAAUCUUCCCAAGCCAUGUACAUUAUUAAUUGGUAAUGUUCGCAAAAGUACUUCCUCUGAUCGGAUUAAAUUGACGCAAUGGUUGCGAUGACAUCAA